CUCCGCUCAGCCAAUCAGAGGAGAGGAGGCCGAUCCUGGACUGGUUACCUGGUAACCACUCAAACGCUGUGUUGAUAAGAUGGCGAUGAGGAAGAGCUUGACAUCUAAAGCUAGCAACAAGUUGGUGAUCACCUCAGUCGCCUUUCAGGAUCACAUCACACGCAGUCUGCAGCAUCCAAACUUCUCACUGUCUGACCCUUUGCUGAGAUGCAAAAGAAAAGCACCCCGAAAUGCACAAGCAGGCGGAAAAGGGGCAGAGAGGGGUCUGCAGAGACAAGAUGGGCAAGAAGAGAGAGAAUAUGUGCUUGAUUCUGCUCCACCUUCUUUAACAUUAGCUCAGAAGUUGGGUUUGGUGGCCUCCCCUGCAGGGAGACUGACCGAGGACGAAUGGACGCAGGUCAAGAGCAGGUCUGUUCAGCAGGGGGAAUCAGCUCAGCCCUGUGCAAUAUGCAGGGAGGAGUUUUGCCUUCAGCCUCAGGUGUUGCUGUCUUGUUCCCACAUUUUCCACAGAGCAUGUUUGCAGGCCUUUGAGAGGUUUUCUGGGAGGAAGUGCUGCCCGAUAUGCAGAAAGGAGCCGUAUGAGACACGGGUGAUCCACGAUGCAGCUCGCCUCUUUAGACAACAGUGUGCCACCAGAAUUCAAGCAUGCUGGCGAGGCUACGUUGCUCGAAAAAUGUACCGACAAUUGAGAAAAUCCAUCUGCCCAAAAGACAAACAUCUGCGACGCAAAUUCUUCGAAGCACAGUUGCAGGAGUUGAAUGACAGCUUUGUCCGAUACUGUCACACCGACACGGAGGCUUUUCUGAGUGAUAUCAACCGCUCAUUGUCAUCAAGCAGACGAGUGUUCCAGCAGCUGGAGAGAAAGAACGUCUCAGAACCUCAGGAGACAGACUGGGAUCGAAUACAGAGCCAGGUUAUCCAGAGAGAUGUCUGGGACUGCCCCAUCUGCCUGACUGCUUUGUGCAGCCAAAGCAUCCCAACAGAAGCAGCUACAUCCAACCAUCGUCAACGCAGACACGCCGUGCUUCUGUCCUGUUCCCAUCUCUUCCAUCAGCUCUGUCUAGAGGCCUUUGAGGCCUAUUCUACAGAGAGCCGACCUUCCUGUCCCCUGUGUAGAUCUGUCUACCACAAAAAAAUCAUCUAACCGGGUACAAAUUUAUGCAAGAUGCCAUUUUAGAUCAUCACCUGCAGUAAGUUUUGUAAACUCAUUUCAUCUCAUGUCUGUGCAUUAACUAUGAAGCUGGAGCCAGGAGGCGUUUACCGUAGCUUAGCAUAAAGAUGGGAAGCAGGGCGAAACAGCUAGCUUGGCUCUCUCCAAAGUUCAAGUUUUGUGGGGCGGCAGUAGCUCAGUCUGUAAGGAUUAGCCUGGGAACCAGAGGGUUGCCGGACCAGAGUUGUGGAGAAUGCACUGGUAGCUGGAGAGGUGCCAGUUCACCUCCUGGGCACUACCAAAGGCGGCCUUGAACAAGCCCCUGAACCCCCAACUGCUUGGGACGCUGCACCAAGUGGCAGCCCGUCACUCUGACAUCUCUCCAUGUGUUGUUGCAUGUGCAUGUGUGUGUAUUUCAGACCUGUGUGUGUGUGUGUGUGUGUGUGUGUGUGUGUGUGUGUGUAUACUAGUAACACCAGAGUGAGAACAUUGAAUUUCCCCCUGUGGGAUUAAUAAAGUAUGUCUUCUUCUUCAAA